AAUCCGGAAAUUCCACGUACAACCGUGCCACCGCGCUGUUCUUCCAACUUUCCAAUUCCCAAAGCAUUAUUUAAUUCUUCCUUCCAUAGGCGAAGCAGAGCUGAGCAGCCAAGCAAGCAGCGCUGCGUCAACGGACGCCAAAACCGAUUCAAAUAUAGCAAAUUCCCGGCGCACCCAAAAUUCAUCUCCCCCUUCUCCCCCCGUCUCUCUCUCUCUCUCUCUCUCUCUCUGUCGCUUUUUUCUGCUGACUCUUUCUGGGGCAUUGGGAGGAGGGAGUCGAGCCGAAUGAUAGAGGGGAAAGGAGAGAAGAAAGAGGGCUCUUUUUAUCUGAUUUCGCUCUCGAUUCUGGGGAACAGGGAAUGAUAUCUGGGUAUUGAAGUUCGUGCGGCGGCUCCGUGCCGGCGGCGUAGUACCGUCGCGUGAUUUCGGGGAAUCGAGGGUUUGGAUUGAGGAGCGGAGGCCAGGGUUUUGGGAAAGGGUUUCGCAGCGUUCGAGGGUUCUUCGUCUCAGUUCCGAGUUAUUGUGCUUGAGCAGAUGCAAUGGAGCAGUCAUCGGGUGGUUUAAAGCCAACAGGUCCUUCAAAUAUUUAUCCAGUGAAGAAUGCACAGAAGAUCAGAAGCAGCGCAUGGGGAAUACCAUCUGGAUCCAAUGCAUAUCAUGGAUCAAGUGAUGCAAGCCUUUUCUCAAGCUCGUUACCGGUUCUUCGACAUGAGAAAUUGAUGGAAGAAGCUUCUUCUCAAAUGAAUAAUCUGAGUAAAAAGAUUGAUGGUAAGGAUUCUGUGGAUGAUCUUGACCUCCAUGGAAUUGGGAGCCUGUUACCUGAUGAUGAAGAGGAGCUUUUAGCUGGAAUAAUGGAUGAUUUUGACCUUAGUGGGUUGCCUAGUCAUGUGGAAGAGUUGGAAGAGUAUGAUCUUUUCGGCAGUGGAGGCGGUAUAGAAUUGGAUUCUGAUCCUACAGAGGGCCUCACCAUUGGGAUGGCAAAAGCAAGUAUUGCUGAUGGCUAUACUGGUAAUGGGAUUAGUCAGUACAGCCUUCCAAAUGGUGUUGGCACUGUUGCCGGUGAACAUCCAUAUGGAGAGCAUCCGUCUAGAACUUUAUUUGUGCGAAACAUUAAUAGUAAUGUUGAAGAUUCAGAAUUGCGGUCUCUGUUUGAGCAAUAUGGGGACAUCCGGACUCUUUACACUGCAUGCAAGCACAGGGGAUUUGUGAUGAUAUCUUACUUUGAUAUUAGAGCUGCUCGAACUGCUAUGCGUGCAUUACAAAAUAAGCCCCUACGAAGGAGAAAACUCGAUAUUCAUUUUUCAAUUCCCAAGGACAAUCCAUCUGACAAAGAUAUGAACCAAGGAACUCUUGUAAUUUUUAAUUUGGAUGCAUCAGUUUCAAAUGAUGAACUUCGUCAAAGAUUCGGGGCUUAUGGGGAAGUAAAGGAGAUAAGGGAGACUCCACACAAGCGGCACCAUAAAUUUAUUGAGUUCUAUGAUGUCAGAGCAGCAGAAGCUGCCCUACGGGCAUUGAACAAGAGUGACAUAGCUGGCAAACGAAUAAAGCUGGAACCUAGCCGUCCUGGUGGGGCUCGUAGAAGCUUGAUGCAGCAAUUGACUUAUGAAUUGGAACAUGAUGAAAGCAGAAUUUAUAGGCAUUAUGUGGGAUCACCUAUAACCAGCUCUCCUCCAGGUACAUGGGCACAAUAUGGCAGUCCAGGUGAUAAUAAUCCACUUCAAGCUCUGAGCAGGUCCCCAACUGGGGGAGCUAUGAGCCCUAUGGGCAGCAAUCAUUUGCCUGGAUUAGCUUCUGUACUUCCUCCUGUGAUGUCAAACUCUGUGAAAAUCCCUCCAAUUGGGAAAGACCAAAAUAGGGAUAACCAUGCAGAACAGGUUCUUUUUAAUAGCAAUUCAUCACAGGGAGUUGCAUUUCAGCAUUCUCGCUCCUUUCCAGAGCAUAGCGGAGUGGUGAGCUCAAGUCCAGGAACUCUAAAUUCUUUUGGUCUUUCAACUUCACAUGCAUCUGGAAUUGGAACAUUGAGUGGACCCCAGUUUCUCUGGGGUAGCCCAACUCCUUAUUCAGAGCAUUCCCAAUCAUCUGCUUGGCAGUCGCCAUCUAUGGGACAGUCAUUCACAUCCAAUGGCCAUGCGCAAGGGCAUGGAUUUCUUUAUUCAAAUCACAAUGGUUCUUUCCUUGGGUCAUCUCACCCUUAUGAUCACCAUCACGUGGGGUCAGCUCCCUCUGGUCUUCCUUUUGAAAGGCACUUUGGUUUUUUUCCAGAGUCACCAGAUGCAUCUUUCAUGAACCAGGUCACAUUUGGAAAUAUGGGUAUUUGUCGAAAUGAUGGAAGUUUAAUGAUGAAUAUGAGUGCUGGGGCCUCCAUGAAUCUUGGAAAUGCUUUGUCUGGAAACACAUCUGAUAAUAGUUCACCCAAUUUCAGAAUGAUUUCCUCACAGAGACUGGGCCAUACAUUUUUCGGGAAUGCUCCAUAUACUGGACCAGGUUUUGCUAGCAGUGAGGGUCUGGUUGAGCGAGGUCGCAGUCGACGAGCCGAAAACAGUGGGAGUCAAGUGGAUAGCAAGAAGCAGUAUCAGCUUGACUUGGAAAAAAUAGUCAGCGGGGAAGAUACCCGGACAACAUUGAUGAUAAAGAACAUUCCAAAUAAGUACACCUCCAAGAUGUUGUUAGCAGCCAUUGACGAAAAUCAUAAGGGUACCUAUGACUUUCUCUACUUGCCAAUUGAUUUUAAGAACAAAUGCAAUGUUGGUUAUGCAUUUAUAAACAUGGUAUCUCCUUCUCAUAUCAUCUCCUUUUAUCAGGCAUUCAAUGGGAAGAAAUGGGAGAAGUUUAAUAGUGAAAAAGUUGCCUCAUUGGCAUAUGCCAGAAUUCAGGGCAAAGUGGCACUCGUUGCCCACUUCCAGAACUCAAGCUUGAUGAAUGAAGACAAGCGGUGCCGUCCUAUUCUUUUCCAUUUUGAGGGGACCGAAGCUGGUGAUCAGGAACCAUUUCCAUUGAAUGGCAUGAACAUUUGUGUGCGGCAACAAGAUGGGACUGUUUCAGCAGGUGUCCUGGCAGAAAGUCCAGCAAAGAAUAGCCCAAGCGAGAAGCCAGAGAAGAGCACCCUACCCGAAAAUGGCUCGGAAAGUUGGUAAAUAUCAUAGCGAGCAGGUGGUUGUGAAUGCUAACUGUUCUAUAGGUAUUCAAGUGUAUAAAAACGUGAGGGAAAAUUGGAGGUGCAAUUGUAUGAUAGGGUGCAUCCACUUUUGAAGUGAUGGAUGCGCUAAUGCGUAUAUUAAAAUGUGAAUGGAGGAGUUUUACGGUGCUCCAUAUUUUGUAUAGAUAGAAAUUGGUAUCCAAGGGUCAUGUAAAGAAAGUAAGGUCGGAUUGUAUAGGUGACAUUUUAGAUUGGUCUUUUGGCAACCACGUUGCUCGUAGCUGAGCAUGGUUGAACUCGUGUUUAUUUAAUAAUGUAUGGGGAGUGCAAGGUGUUUCAAAAUCUUCAGGAGGUCAAUUUGAAGUGUACAAAGAAACAUAACUUGCUUGUUACAAUCUUAUAUCUAGUUAUCUAAUAUGUUGCAAUUAUGAAA